AUGACAGAGCACGAGUCAAUGGUGCCCCCUCCGGGGUAUACCUUCAUAUUUUCGUCGCAAGCUUGCGACGUUGUGGGUUGCUUUGAGUGCAUCAAAAUCCAUUGCGACAAAUGCGACAUGAAGGACAGACUUAAUCUGGAGCUGGAAAGAAAGAAUCGAGAACUGGUGAAGUACAUUGAGAAGCUUCAACAUCGACUCUUGGACCAUCCAGCUGAAAGUCCAUUGGAGUUCGGCUCAGGGCAGUACGGGUUUAGUUACGCAGGCACUGGCCAACUGGGGUCGGUCGGCUCAACAAAGGAAGGAAAAAUAGGGAAGGUAGUUGAAGGGACGCCACCGCAGAUCGAGUUGGAUCGGGCUUUCGCGUACAUCAAAAGUCCUGUGCUAUUCGAUCCCAAUUUGAAUCGCAUGUACACUGCUCUAACGCUGUUUAUUCCGGCUGACGUGUGA